AUGUCUCAAUUUGGCGGCGAUUUAAUCAAAGUCGUGAAUGAACUUCAAGACCGACUCAAUCCACUGGGUUUUAGCAAUAGCUUUGAUUUGCCACAAAUAGCUGUAGUCGGGGGCCAGUCGUCCGGCAAGUCCAGUGUUUUGGAGAGCAUAGUGGGCCAUGACUUCCUGCCCCGUGGCUCCGGUAUUGUCACCCGACGCCCACUUAUACUCCAGUUAAUUCAAGACCCAAACUCCGAUGUCUUUUACGGAGAAUUCCUGCAUUCGCCGGGAAAACGGUUUUACGAUUUCAAUGACAUCCGGGACGAGAUCACAGCAGAAACGGAUCGGGAAGUGUCCCAAAGUAAAGGCAUUUCCCGGAAUCCAAUCAAUUUGAAGAUCUAUUCGCACGAUGUGUUGGACCUGACAUUAGUUGACUUACCGGGUAUGACACGUGUGGCCGUCGAUGAUCAGCCCGAGGACAUCGAGCAACGCAUUGAACACAUGAUACUCGAGUACAUCAGUCGCGACAAUUGUCUCAUUUUGGCGGUUACGGCAGCCAACCAAGACUUGGCCACAUCGGACGCCCUAAAGAUGGCCAAACAGGUGGACCCGACGGGCGAGCGUACGAUCGGUGUGUUAACCAAAUUAGAUCUGAUGGACGCCGGGACGGACGCCAAGGAUAUCCUAAUGGGUCGACACCGCAUACAACUCAAGCGGGACUUCAUUGGCGUCAUCAACCGGUCCCAGAAGGACAUCGACGAGCAUAAGGACAUACGGCGCGCCCUAUACGACGAGCGCAAGUACUUCAUUGAACACCCGUCCUAUGGGCCAGACAUGGCCGACAAGAUGGGCAUCCGAUAUCUCCAGGAGUACCUCCAGCGGGAACUGUCGCUCCAUAUAUUCAAACGAUUGCCGCCAUUGAAGCCCAAGUUAGAGACAAAGUUGGAUGAAGUGAGGGAACGGUUAGCGAAGAUUGAGUUCCCCUUAGGAGACAAAGAUAAGGAUCAGGUGUUGGCCGAGGCCUACGAUAAAAUGAGGUCCGGCUUUGACAGUGGAGUGGGAGGAAAGGUAUGGGUAGUGGAUACCGAUGCUCUGAAUGGCGGCACUCGUAUUAAUACGUUGAUGAACGAGACGUACGCCAAAGCCGUGAAUAAAAUGUUUUACGACGAGACGAGGAUUAGGAGGGAAAUCGGGAUAGCCAUCCAAAAUGCUUUCGGUACGAGGAUCGGGGUGUUUAUACCCGAUACCGCUUUCAUAUCGGUGGUCAUGAACCAAAUAGAAUUGUUUAGGAAUUUAUCGCUUGAUUGUGUCGAUUGGGUCACCGAUGAGAUCGUGAUUAUAGUGACUGAAUGCGUGCAAAAUAUAUGCCGGUUCCCCAAAUUGAAGGACAUUUUCUCGAAGUUUGCAUUGGAUUUUGUUCGCGAGUCUAAUAAGAAAUGCAAAAAUUUUGUCCAACAUUUGAUUGAAUUGGAAAAGUGUUACAUAAAUACCAUUCACGAGGACUUCAUUAAAAUGAUCGGUGACACCAAAUCAGAUCCCUUACCGGACACGCAGUCCAUAAUGACUGCCAAAGCGUUGCAACAAAAUGUGUCCAAAAGUGAUUGGAUUUCAUACAAAAAGUCCGACUAUUGGUUCGUAUUGAACGACACAUCCCUGUCC